AAGACUACGAAGCGGGCUCGGAGGCGCUGCAAUUGUAGUUCUUCCAAUUCAACUCACUCAACCCUUAGCAUUCCGGGUGCUAGACACGCUAUCCCCUGUUUUUGUCUCUAAGCGGAAUAUGCCAACCAUGUCCGCCAAUUUUACACCUCCAUCCAAUACAUACGACAUUUCCUUUUUAUAUAUCUUCAUGAUCCCGACACUUGUUAUUGCCCUCCCGAACUCAAUUCCAGGUUCAUCCAAAUGGCCCUUUAUACUCCUCCAUCUCUCCCAUUAACUCCUUGCAAAAUGGGCUCGACAUCACGUCCCUCAUUGCCCACUGAGCUCCUAGCAACUUGGUCUGCUUGGCGUCCGCUAGCACACACUGGCCUCCUGACUCCUCCAAUGUCUGCAUCUCUACCAAGGAUCGGCGCUCCCCAGGUGACGUCCUUGCCACCCAUUGCUCACUUUGAUCGUCAGGUAUCAUACAUGCAUCCAAUAACACCACCGCGUACUCAAGACGCGUCUGCUUGGUCGCGACCUGUUCACGUCGCGGACGUGUCACCCGAACCCUAUGUGAGCGAGGUGGACCACCACGCGCAUCCCUUUCAGCAAAAGCCUGCACCGUCUGAAGAUGUCCCUCGUCCAAUUGAUUGGUUUGACGACUCCCUCAAGAGAUCAUCACAUUACAUCGCAGAGAAAACUUGCGAAAUGAUAUGCUACCUAUGGUUCUCUUCGUCACUUUCGACCUCGACAUCUACUCAACCACUCACCCCUCCCUAUUCACCUGAAAUUCCUGCCGCCACCUCCUCUCUUCAGCUUGCUGCAACGCCGACCUUUGUGUCCUUUAUGCAGAAGUUGCUAGAAACUACCCAGGUCAGCCAAUCGGUGAUCGUCUUGUCUCUCCAUUACAUAUGGCGACUCAAGGAACGAAACCGUUUCACCGCUGGUUUGCCCGGAAGUGAGUUUCGCAUCGCGGUCGCCGCGCUCAUGAUGGCAAACAAAUUUCUCGAUGACAACACGUACACCAAUAAGACCUGGUCGGAGGUUUCUGGUAUCGAAUUGACUGAAAUUACCCGAAUGGAGAAGGAAUUUUUAAUGGGAAUCAACUUCAACCUUUACAUAUCGAAGAAGACCUACGAUUCGUGGAUGCACUUAUUGAGAGGACUUGUCCACGCGAAAGAACGAGAGUGUCGUAGAUGGCGUCAUACUCGCGUCCGGCAUCGGACGCCUCGUCACACUCAGCCGAUGUCCGCAGCACCAAUUCGUUCCUAUAGAUGGAGAUGUCACUCGUCAUCCCACCGCGCACGUUCGACCUCGCCCGAACAACCCAUUCAUCCUCGUACUUAUUCGUCUUCAUAUCACGUGACUCCGCCGAAUCCCGUUCUCUCGCCAUGUCUUGCCCCUGGUUUGAAACGCUCGGCUGCUGACGCGUUCUCACCGACUUCGUCAUCGUUCCACGAGUUACCGCCAUUGAAGCGUCCCACGGGCAUGACUUUGCAAAUUCCGGAAACAAGUUAUCCAACGGCCCCUCAUUCGGCUUCACCAGUUGAAUCUUUGCAGUCCUUUGCCAAGAUGUCAUUGUCAUCAUCUUCGCCACACUCCUUACGGUCUGCCCAACAAGGUGAUUCACGCCCGCAGACUUUGGUAGCUGCCUACUCUGCGGAAGGACCCGUGAACGUUCCUCAGAACCUUUAUUAUUACUCGCUUGCUGGGUCAUCGACCGACAAUGCAGCGGAAGAAGAAAGAGUUCGCCGUAAAACCCGAUUGCGGUGUUAUCAACCUCAGCCUCCACCUCCGCCAUCUUAUCCGCCCCCGUCGUAUAUGCCACAGGAUAUCCAGUCCGAGUCUGUCAGCCCUUACGAAAUACACGUCGACGUGCGAGCCGUGCCUCUUCCUCACCUGCACGAUGCCGUCUGGUCUCGGAAGCUUGCUCGACCUCCUUCAUAUGGCGAAAGUUCUUUGCAAUUACCUCCCUUGAGGGAAAACGCAGUUCCGUCAGCUCCUUUCGCCAACGCAGGACCACCUGGUGUCCAUUUUUACUCUGCUUCUAGUCAGCGGGAAUCUCCCGUGUAUCCUUAUAAUUGGUCUUAUGGCAGAUAGUCCUUGGCUACUCAUUCCUGUUUAAUGCACGCGAUUAUUUGCAUCUCAUCGGUUCUUCUACUUUUCACAUCGAACUUCAACUUUGCACUUUUUUCGCCAUAUCAUUUCGUUGCACGCAAUUCAUUGACACUGACAUACAUUCUCGGCAUCCGCAUUUGUAUUUCACUUACAUUUCCACUUUCUGUUAGCAGAGAUCAAGCAGAGAUUACAUUACCCUCAUAGUUAGCUACUACUAUACGAGAAAGAAUGCUAAACUGACAUACAUCGAA